AUGUUUGAGGUGGAGGAAGCGGUGAUAGUUCAAUCGAUGAUAAAAUUGCGUAGUUCAGAGAAAGACAUGUUUGAGGUGGAGGAAGCGGUGAUAGUUCAAUCAGUGACUAUCAAGAACUUGAUUGAUGAUGAAUGUGGUGGCGGUGUUAUUCCUCUUGAGAAUGUCAACAGUCUCGCCCUCGCAAAGGUCCUUGAGUAUUGCAACAAGCAUAAUACAGAGGAGUCCCACGAUGACAACAACAACAUAGAAGCUCUCAAAAAAUGGGAUGAUGAAUUUGUUAAGGUGGAUCAGCACACCCUCUUCCUUGUAAUGAUGGUGGCAAAAUAUUUGAAAAUUAAGAGUCUGUUGGAACUGACAUGUCAAAUUGUGGCAAAUUUGAUAAAGGAUAAGAGUCCAGAGGAGAUACGCCAAUACUUCACUAUAAAGAAUGAUUUUAGUCCUGAAGAAGAAGAAGAGGCCAUUCGGAAUGAGAAUAGAUGGGCUUUUGAGUGA